GAGAUUACCCUUUUUCCUUUUCUUCUCAGAUUACUUAUGAUUCCUUUGAUCAGUGAUCUUCUCUUCUAUCUUUUCUAUCAAUUUGUCACUUUGCACUAUACUCUCAAACUUGUUGUUUAACCCUAAAUUUCAUGCUUGCCAACAUUUCUCAGAUAGACAUUUCAUAGUCUUGAAAAAAAAAAUUACAUGAAAAGUGAGGGUAAUUUCAUAAUGUAUGUUGUAUGGGGGCAUUGAGGCUUAGCACAAUAAGCAAUUUAUAAUUGGCAUGUGAUAGCUUUCAUGGGACCCAAAUUUGGUGCAAAAGCAAGCUUUUCUCUUCUUUAUUGACCUUUCAAAUUUUAAGCCAAACAGAUUUUGCCAUGUAGAAUCUUUCAGAAAAUAGAUUAGGGUGUGAUGGUUUAAUGACUCAUAAUACAAGGGGAAAAGUUUGAUAUAAGAUGAGCAUAUGGUUGAGUUGGACCACCAAAUUUGACAUGUGGCUAAUCCAAGGGGCACCCUAUUUAUCCAAUGGUAUUGGCUUUAGUACCUUUCCACAUGAUUCAAAUCAUGUGCUCUAGGGCAAUACAAUGAUCAUUACUGACCCUCUAUCCUAAUAUAAAAUAUGAUACGUAGGAAAAAAGAUAUAAUGCAACCUUGUUGCCAGCACAAUGAACAUAUAUAUGGAACUCAAUUUGGACAUGUUGAAAUUAAACUUAGUCAACCAUUGGGUAGAUAGGAUAACCUUUGGACUAGCCACAUGUCAAAUUUGAUGGGUCAUCUUAAUCAUACGGCCACCAUAUAGUGUACUUUUCCCUCUAUAUUUUUGAAGCCAUUCAACUGUUCUGCCAAUAAGCUGACAUUUUAAUGAUUUUCUUGAACAUGAUUUUUCCAUGUAACAUAAUCUAUUUGAUCUAAAACUUGAUAGGUAUAUAAGGAAUGAUGGGGUUUGUCUGCAACAAAUUUGCGUGCUAGCUAAGCUGUCAUAUGGCAAGUAUGGCUCCAAUUGUUUUUAAGCUUAGCAACCUUGCAAAUGUUGCGAGCACUUAUACAACAAAAAAAUGGGAGCUUUGACGAGGCAAGGUUGGCAAUAGAGGCUGUAACACCAGUGAUGUUGGUGGUCGAUGAGAGCUGCAGUUUCUGGUCCUUGGAGCUCCAAAAUACCAAUCUGGAUUUCCUUAGAUGGCAUGCUUUCCUUGGAGAAAUUUCUUCCUUCCAUAGCAACACUGGCAAUGUGUUAACUACAGAAACCCUUAAGAAGCCUUCCCAAAUAUCUAAGGUACUUGAUUACGCAUGGGCACCUGAGGGCAUUGCUCUAAUAUGCUUCACUUCAGGAACCACUGGAAGGCCAAAGGGAGUUUCCAUAACUCACACAGCUCUCAUUGUCCAAUCACUUGCCAAAAUUGCCAUUGUUGGUUACAAUGAAGAUGAUGUUUAUCUCCACACAGCACCUCUGUGCCAUAUUGGUGGAAUAUCUUCAGGGAUGGCCAUGCUAAUGGUAGGAGCUUGCCACAUAUUGAUUCCCAAGUUUGAAGUAGAGUCGGCCCUUAAAGCUAUAGAACACCACCAGGUGUCUUCCCUAUUAACUGUUCCUGCCAUGAUGGCUGAUAUGGUUUCCAAUAUUAGGAAAAAUAAAGCAUGGAAAGGUGGAGAACAUGUGAAGAAGAUACUGAAUGGAGGUGGAGGACUCUCAGUUGAGAUGAUUAACAACGCUGCCACAAUCUUCCCAUGUGCUAAGAUUAUUUCAGCAUAUGGAAUGACAGAGACAUGCUCGUCACUCACCUUCAUGAUCCUCUACGACCCCGGGGAGAAGAAAUCUGAUGAGCCAUUUCAGAAUAUUUGUGGAAACAAGUCAAGUGUAAUUAACAAACCAGUAGGCAUUUGUGUUGGAAAGCCAGCACCGCAUGUUGAAUUACAGAUACACGGCGACGGGUCAUCUCUGAUUGGGAGAAUUCUAACCAGAGGGCCACAUGUAAUGCUUAGAUAUUGGGAUCAAGCCCCAGCAGCAGUGUCUAAACUUGAGGUAGAAGGUUGGCUUGACACAGGUGACAUUGGGUGGAUUGAUGACUAUGGUGCAUUAUGGCUCAUUGGACGAUUAAAUGAUCGAAUCAAGAGUGGAGGGGAGAAUGUUUACCCAGAAGAGGUCGAGGCUGUCCUAAGGCAAUAUCCUGGAGUCUCUAGUGCUGUGGUCGUUGGACUCCCUGACUCCAGGCUAACAGAGAUGGUAGCUGCUUGCAUUCAGAUAAAAGAGGAAUGGCAAUGGAAUAAUCAGAUUACUAGUCACCAAUUGGAAAGAGAAGAUCUAAGGCUAUCUAGUGAUAUCCUCCAAUUACAUUGCAAGCAAAGGAAUUUGACCGGGUUUAAAAUACCAAAGAUUUUUAUUCUGUGGAGGAAACCAUUUCCGCUGACAACAACUGGAAAACUAAGGAGAGAGGAAGUUAGAAGACAGGUCAUGGCUCACCCGCAGGUCUUCCCUAGCCAUCUCUGACAAAACAAGAAUGAGAUGAAUUUUGACUUUUCAAACAUUAAUUUAAAUCCCAUCAGAACCCAAAUUCUUUCAUUUCACUACAUUUUAGGCAUUCCCUGAAUUAUAUAUAUAUAUAUAUAUAUAUAUAUAUAUUAAUGAUUCUCCCUUGCUGCAGAAAGCUUGCCCUAGUAAUGGGCUUUUCAUGUAAGCAUUAAUAUGUUGCAGACGAAAUCAUCAAUGUACUUAACAGUUUCUAAAGAGUUAAACUAGUUUCUUAACAUUUUUUUUCUCCGCAAACUUGGAAUGGUUUUAAUAUCAUUGUCAUUGUCAUUGUCCA